AUGGCCAAGUUCGAUUUGAUCAUCGUUAAUGGCAAGGUUGUCACGGCCAGCGAUAUCAGUAUUUGCUGCAUUGGAAUAAAGAAUGGAAAGAUCCGAGCUCUGGUUGAUGGGUUCACGGACGAGGAGAUAGAGGGAGUCAAGGUGAUAGAUGCACAGGGUGCGUAUGUUAUGCCCGGCGGCAUCGAUGCACAUGUUCAUCUAUGCCAGGAUUUGAAGACAGGACCUCAUGGCCUGGGCGGAGAAUGCGCCGACAACUUUGAAACCGGCUCUAGAAGUGCAGUGGCGGGAGGAACCACGACUAUGAUUACCUUUGCAACUCAAACGCGGGCAGAAGAAGACCGCAGUCUGCUAAAUGUAGUCAAGGCAUAUAAUUCCCGGGCUGAAGCCACGGGUAGCUAUGCCGACUACGGCUUUCACAUUAUCAUUGUUCGAAACGAUGCUGAUGUAUUGGAGAACGAGCUGCCAGUCUUGAUGAAAGACUGGGGUAUUUCUAGCUGCAAACUAUUCUUGACUUACGAGACCCAGAAAUUGACGGACUCGCAGCUUUUGGAUGUCAUGUUUGCUGCGAGGAAGAAUUUUAUUACCACCAUGAUUCAUGCUGAGAACGGGGACAUGAUUCAGUGGCUUACAAACAAACUCGAAAGCAAGGGAAUGGUCGCCCCGUACUACCACGCCCUAUCCCGUCCGCCCUUGGUCGAAGCGGAAGCCACCAAUCGAGCUAUUGCCCUCGCUCACUUGAUCCAGAACCCAAUUCUAUUCGUGCAUGUUGGAUCCGCACUUGGCGCGGCCAAUGUGCGUAAGGCACAAACCAUGGGGCUCCCCAUUUACGCUGAAACUUGCCCACAGUACUUCCACCUGACCUGGGACGACUUGAAACGCUUCCAUUCCCCCACGUGCUUUGAGAACAGCAAGAUGAUCUGCUCACCACCACCACCUCCAGAUAUAUCAGACCAGGAAGAUUUAUUCACUGGCCUUCAAAAUGGUACUUUCACCAUUUAUUCUUCAGAUCACUGUCCUUUCCGUUAUGAUCAUCCGAACGGAAAGCCAUCCGGCGUCCUUGAGCAUGAGCCGAGCAUGGAGGGAGAGAAACACUGUCACGGAGAUGAGCUCCAGAAUCUCUUGGAGCGGAAAGAAGGUACUUUUCGAUUAAUACCUAAUGGUAUUCCUGGGGUAGAGACUCGAUUGCCGUUGUUAUAUACUGGGGCUCUGGCAACCGGUCGGAUUACUGCUCAGAAGUUUGUUGAGCUCACGUCAACGAAUCCCGCUAAAUUGUAUGGUCUAUAUCCCACCAAGGGGACCAUUAUGCCUGGAUCUGACGCGGAUUUGGUAAUUUGGCAUCCUGACAAAGAUUUUGUGCCUUUCCGCUUGACUAAUUCGAUGCUACACCACAACGUUGAUUAUACACCUUACGAAGGCAUGGAGUUUGUCAAUUGGCCCAAGUACACUAUUUUGCGUGGCAAUAUUGUGUGGGCUGAUGGUGAAGUGCAAGGGAAGCCAGGAGAUGGCAAGUAUUUAAAGCGUGGUCCAAGCCAGCUGAGCCGGUCUUUCUCCAAGACGAGUGCAGAUCCACGCUAUGUCGCUUCUUGGCUCUACGAUUAG